CAUUCUGAGAGAGUGUGGGCCUGUUUUCUGCUUCUAGGGCAACUCAAGAGCCGACUGAAGAGGACCGAAAUAUGCUCUGCAUGAGCGGGACACCGGUUCACCUUCGCUGACUCAGAGAAAGUUUCUGACUUUAACUGAAGAUUGAGACAGACUGCGCUUUAAAAAAAGAAAGAAGAAGAAAGAAAAGGCACCGACACUGCUGCAAGCCGUGCAGGUGGUAGACCACACGUUGACCGGGGGAACCAGAUCACAACAAGACUCACCGCCCAGACCGCCUCGUCUCACCUGAGCCGCAGCAGACAGGUUGAAAUGUCCGUGGAGAGUUACUCGGCGCUGGAUGAGUCCUCCCUGCGAGCCCUGCUGGAUGGAACCGUGGAUCUGGAUGAGAGACGCCUCAUCCGUUCAGCCAUCCGGGAGCUGAGGAGGCGGGAGAUCGAGGACAUGGAGGCCGCUCUGGCCAGCAAGAGAUUUCGACCCACGCGCCUCAAACAGCAGGAGGACAAGGAGAACCAGCAUAGGUCAGAAUCCAGCGACAACUUGGACGUGCUGUCAACCAAACUGCAAUCAGUCCAAGACAUCGAUGAGCUCACAAAAAUGCUCCGCGCCGCCAGCGAGUACGAGGAGAGGAAGAUGAUCCGAGCUGCCAUCCGACAAAUCCGAGAUGAACAGCAGCAAGGGGUUGUGGAGCGUGGUAAAGCUCCUGGUCGCUGCUUGGAGCCUGAGAGCGUGGAGCCCCAGAGCAACAUGGGAACUGGGGAGACAGAGCAGGAGAGCCGCAGUGAGCACGAACGGAUCAGAUCUCAGAUCCGGGAGUUACGCAGCCAGCAGACACAACAAAGCAGAGAGCUGCAGAGAAUAGGCUCCAACUCAGGCAUGGUGUUGGUUCUGGAUCACCUGGUGAAGGAUGAUGGCUCUGGACCUCUGCUGAUCCAGCCUCAGAGAGAGGCUGUGACCGCAGAGCCGGACCCGGUCCUGUCUCAUCGUCAAAGGUCCGACUCUUCAGCUUCAGACCGCAGUGUGACCUCGGUGCUUUCCAGGCCCAAUCUGGAUUCUGUGGCAUCAGAAAAGAGUCUGGGCUCAGCCUACAGAGCCCGGCUGGACUCUGGAGCCUCAGACAGGAGCCAGAGUCCCUCCCAGCGUGGUCGGCUGGACUCUGGGGCAUCAGAGCGAAGCAUCAGCUCCCAGUCCUACGUCAGACAGAGACUGGGCUCAGAUGUCUCAGACUCCGGUGUCAGACCCCGUUUCGGCUCUGGAGCUUCAGACAGUGUUGGUCUUCUGCCUAGGAAACGGUGUGACUCGGGGACAUCUGACCAGAGCGUGAGUAUGUCCUCUGAGGAGAGGGGUCCAGCAGAGGAGGUGGAGGUAGCCACGAGCGGUUCAACUUACAGCACAGAUUCAGAAACCGAGGGCAGAAGCCAGGGUCCAGCCAGCCUCAAGGCUCAGUCCAACCAGGACCGCAUCAUUGACCAGGAGCAGCCAGAUGGGGCUUUUUUAUCUCAGAGAGACCCGGAUAAUGGCCUGCUCAACGGCAGUGCCAAGGGAAAAAUCGACUUCCAGAAACAAAAGUUAACAGUUAACAGCGAUCAGUCCCUCACUCAUGGCAAAGCAAAGGAUUCUGCAACUGAGAAGAAAGAUGUACUGGAACAAUUCAACCGCACCAACUCUGUACGUGAUCGAAUGCGUAAGUUCACAGAGCCCAGUCAGAGCCAGAAUGUCCCAGCUUUGAAGAAAACUCCUCUGAGGAAUGGGACCACCUCCGGCACAAAUCUCUCCAGAGCUACUGAGCUGCUUACACACACAGCAGCAUCCCUCAGCACAUCUGGAGACAGGCCAGCAAGGCCACACGUGGACUCCACGUCUCACACCUCCGCCGCAUCCCAGAGUCACGCCACACCUCAGCCAAGAGGUGUGGCUAACAAACCUCUGUCUUCAGCUAGCCAAUGGCAGAACUCCGUGGGUGGGACGAGGCAUCCAGCUGAAAAAGAUGUGCACGCCUCCAGUAACUCAAAGGAAGACAGGACCCCAGGGAGAGCAGCUGGACAGCAGGUCACCCAGGGAGAGGAAGACCCGGACAUGAAGACUUUCCUCACCAUCGAGAUCAAGGAUGGGCGCGCCGCCACCUCCUCCACAUCCUCUCCUCGGGGCAACAUGGUACCCAUCACCAGCAUGACCCCGCGCAUCAACACUAAUGCUCUGGGACAGAGAGCAGAGUUGACCCUCGGCCUCAGAGCGACACCAUUCAAGAUCUCCUCAUCCAGCCUCUCCUCAGGAUCCUCCAUCAAGAUGGAGACAGAGCCUGUUAUGGCCUCUGAGCCGGUGUUUUCGGUCGGACCGUCUGUCCAGGUGCCGUGUCACAUCCCAGCCAUCCCCAACGGCUCAGGCACUCAGGCCAAAGCAGACGAGCGCUCCGGAAAACUGACUGCCGAACAGCUGGCUGCUAUCGAGGAUGAAGAGCUCCUUGACAAAAUGCUGGAUGAGUCAAAAGACUUCGAGGAGAGGAAGAUGAUCCGUGCAGCCAUGAGAGACCUUCGCAAGAGAAAGAGAGACCAGAGAGAAAAGGAGCGCGAGACCCGUCUGCAGGAGCUCCGGCAGCAGAGAGAGGAGCGAGCGCAGAAGGGUCGCGCUGGGGUCGGGGCAGGAGAGGUGGUGAUGAGGAAGGUGGAGAAGUCAGCAGAUGGCUCCAGCCUCAGCCAAGUCACCAAGACAGACCGCUUCGCCCAGUCUGAUGAUGGGAGCAGAUCAUCUCGCAGCACCGUCGUGGAGGCCAGCUAUGUGCAGAAAACAGACAGAGGGACAGUCCAGUCAAAAUCAUAUAGCUUCACCUCCUCCACAUCAUCCUCCUCCUCUAACGCAAGCAAAAAAGUGGGCAGUGUGUUUGAUCGCGAGGAUGACACGUCGUCCCGCAGCGGCGGUCUGGCCGCCGUGGAGCGAAGGCAGGCGGAGAGGCGCAAGGAGCUGAUGAGGGCUCAGACUCUGCCGAAGACCUCCGCCAUGCAGGCCCGCAAAGCCAUGAUAGAGAAGCUGGAGAAGGAGGGGGGCGGCCCUGGAAAUCAGGCAGUCGCCAAGGUAAACAAGGUUCAGCGUUCCACUAGCUUUGGUGUACCCAACGCAAACUCCAUCAAGCAGAUGCUGCUCGACUGGUGCCGCGCCAAGACCCGCUCGUACGAGCAUGUGGAUAUUCAGAAUUUUUCAUCCAGCUGGAGUAAUGGCAUGGCAUUUUGUGCCCUGGUGCACAAUUUUUUCCCUGAGGCCUUUGACUACAGCUCCCUGAGCCCCAGCAACCGCAGACAAAACUUUGAGGUGGCCUUCAGCACAGCAGAGAAACUAGUGGACUGUCCCCAGCUGUUGGAUGUGGACGACAUGGUGAAGAUGCGUGAGCCGGAUUGGAAGUGUGUGUAUACGUACCUGCAGGAGUUCUACAGGGGUCUGGUGACGAAGGGCCUGGUUAAAACCAAAAACUCCUCCUAGAGUCGCACCUCACCUAAAUCUGAACCCAUGGACAUACGCCAACUGCAUGCCUCUGCUGGAAGUGGAGGACAUGAUGAUCAUGGGCAACAAACCCGACUCCAAAUGUGUUUUCACCUACGUCCAGUCUCUGGUCAACCACCUGCGCAGAUACGAGAUGUCCAUGGGUCGACCCUGUGACCUCUGACCUGUGUACAGUGAAGCGCUCAGCCUCAACGUGGCGUCGGCCCCCUCCAGUCCCUCCCCAGCUCCAUCUUCACCUGCCGCCUCCACAUUGACAGCGGGUUACACAGUUGCACAUCUUUGAUGGACAGGAUGGGGAUUGUGCGUGUGUGUGUGUAUUUGUGUAUGCGUGAGUGUGUGUGUGUGUGUGUUUGUGUAUCAGUUUGCUUAUUAUCUUUGUCGGCAGUGGUGAUGUGCAUUCAUUAUUUCAGUUCUCUUCUGAACACACGUUAACAUUAAGUCCACCUUUCUCCAGCGAGAGAGCGCCAAAGUUUUUAUAAGACUACAUUUUUAAGCUUUAAAAUUCUUUUUGUACUCAAACGCUUUGUACCAGGUGAUAUUUAACAUGCAGUGGCUGUGUCACUACGCGAGUGUACUGAAAAAUGCAUCACAGGAGAAAAGAGAAAUAUUUUUAUAGUAUUUCCCCUUUUAAUUUAUUUAUAACUACAUUUUUCUCUGCUACACUUUUGUAAUUAUUGUAAUUUGCUAACAUUACUCUCAGUAAUUCCACUGAAGAAGAAAAUAUGCCCAACCUGAUGAUGCAUUAUUUGGUUUUCAUUUCGGUACUUUUUCAUUUUUACCACUCUUGGGUUGCUUGAACUAUUUUAAUUAAGUUAUUAUUCUCAUGUUGAUGUAAUUAGUCAGCAUAUUACUAUUUAAAACAUGAGCACAGGGAUGUUCCGUCUUUCUUGUUCAAAUGGACGCGGCAUUGUCAUUGUUGCAGAGUGAUCUCACCUUUCUGAACUCCGCUACUGAGAACCUGUUUCAGAGUUUUUGAGCAUUGUUCCCCUCCUGUAUUACUGCAUCGUCAUAUUAUUAUUCCAACAGUGAAAAUGCUCUCGGUCCAACACGUUUUGCUCUCCUCUUGACUGACAGCAUAUGUACAAAACACCUCACGGCGGUGCUGCCAUCAUCGCCCAGCAUCGCGGCUUUGCCCUGCCAAACACACUCACACACAGCUCUUUCCGAGGGCUCCUUAUUUAUGCUCGAGUAGAUGUUUUUGAAAUAUACUAUUUUGUAUUUUGUUAGUGUGUACAUUACGCGUUUAAAAGUUUUGUUUAAAACGAGUCGAUAAGCUCAAGCUACCACGAUGUUUUGUGAAAUUGGGGUCACUUUUUGGACAAGUUAAUGGGCCUGAUGAAAGCCGGCUUUCUGCUUAAAGUUUAUAAUCAUGACUGAACGGAACUGCCAAUUGUAUAUUUUACAACAUGAAGCUGAGGAAAAUUUUUAAAUGAAGAUUUUUAUUCAUCUUGUAAAAUUAAGGCUCCUUUUGAGAAGUCGUCUAAAAUCCUAUCAGAGCUGAUUUUGAUAGAUAUAUUUCUUAAUAAUGCUCUGUUUUUAGUAGAUUUAGAGAACUGACUUGAGUUAUUCCACUGCUGCCGACUAAAAAAAAACGAGAACCUUCCAGGCAGUGAGUGCUGUACAUAAGAGCUUAAACACAUUAUAAUUUCAUGUUUCUGUGCACCACAGUUAAAUGUGAAUUCAUAUUAAACCAAUUUGAGA